AGUAAUCAGCUGAUUAUAAAAGUGUUGUUAUUGACUUAACGUUUGACGUUUUGAUUUGACAAAUAUUUUCCAAGGAAAAAUUUUUCUGAUUAGUGAAAGUCGUUUUCAGCUACGGCAAUUUAAUCAUAAGUUAAACACAAAAAUGUCACAAACAGUCCCUUUGAUCCUUGAAGAUGUAGAACAGGGCGGUAAGGAAUACGACGAGAAUAUUGAAAACGAUUUUGCAUACAGAAAUAAUGUAGCUCAAGCUGGUAAAGCUAUUCGUUUGGCCUUUCUUCGAAAAGUGUAUGGUUUACUUACCAUGCAAAUAUUUUUGACUGUAAUUAUUGCUGCUCUGUUUAUGUUUACACCGCCUAUUAAGGAGUUUGUCCAGAAAAAUGACUGGCCUAUGCUCUUUAGUUUCAUUGGAAGUAUUGCGGUGCUAAUACCACUUCACAUAAAGAGAAAGGAAUCGCCUACCAAUUUUAUUCUUCUGACAGCAUUUACUGCAAUUCAGGCUUAUACAAUUGGAGUAAUAGUGACAUUUUAUUCUAAAACUAUAGUUUUGGAAGCAUUACUUCUGACCUUUUUGGUUUUGGGUGGUCUCACUGUUUAUACAUUCCAGAGUAAACGUGAUUUUUCUUCUUGGUAUUCAGGCUUAUUUGCUGGUCUCCUAAUUUUAAUUGUUGGAGGGUUUAUGCAGAUAUUUAUUCAAUCACCUAUCUUUGAAUUGUUCAUUGGACUUGGAGGAGCUUUACUGUUUUGCGUCUUUAUUAUUUGCGAUACCAAAUUGAUCAUGGAAACCUUAUCUGCAGAGGAAUAUAUACUGGCUACUAUCAAUCUAUAUUUAGAUAUCAUUAAUCUCUUUUUAUAUAUUUUAAGAAUUUUACAGGCUGCUAAUAGGCAAUAGAUUGCAAUUUAUGAUGGUUAAAUAAAUAUAUGUUUUAUUUUUGUUAAUGUUGAUUUUGAGUAUUUUAUAUAUUUUAGAUAAAUUUAAUAAAACUAAAAGUAUUUCCUAGCAAUAGGUCUAUCUAUAAGUGUUUGUAUAUGUCUCAUAAUAUAUGCAAAAUAUGAGUGAUAAGAGUAAAAAAUGUAUUAGUAUGUAAAUUUGGUAAAAUUAAAUGUCAUCUUUGAAAUACACAUAAGUAUUACGUUACUCUAGGGUAAAUAAAAAACAAUUUUAAAACAG